UUCCUGUUUGAAUUCUCACCAGAGGCGAACCCCGGAAGCUAACCUAUUGUUUCAGCUUGUAAACAACAACUAUUAAUGUAGCGCGAGCGCCGUUCAGCAACAAUGAUUCCCUACACGGUCAACAUCAAGCUGGCGGCUCGGACGUUGACCGGCACCUUGAACCUGCAGAACAAGACCGCGGUGGACUGGGGCUGGCAGGGCCUGAUCGCUCAGGGGUGUUACUCCAGUAUUCUCAUCAUCGACCCAAAGACGUCUCAGACCAUCCAGGUGCUGGAGAGGCACAAAGCCAACGUGGUGAAGGUGAGAUGGUCGAGGGAGAACUACUACCACAACGUGAGCUCUCCCUACUGCCUGCGGCUGGCCUCCGGAGACGCCUCGGGGAAGAUCAUCGUGUGGGACGUGGUGAGCGGCACGGCGCACUGCGAGAUCCAGGAGCACUCCAAGCCCAUCCAGGACCUGGAGUGGCUGUGGAGCCAGGACGCGUCCCGGGACCUGCUGCUCGCCAUCCACCCGCCCAACUACAUCGUGCUGUGGAACGGAGACACGGGCACCAAGCUGUGGAAGAAGAGCUACGCCGAGAACAUCCUGUCCUUCUCCUUCGACCCCUUCGACUCCUCCCACAUGGCGUUGCUGACCAGCGAGGGAAUCGUCUUCAUCACCGACUUCUCCCACUCCAAGCCGCCGGGCAACGCCGGCAAAAAGGUCUACAUCGCCAGCCCCCACGCAAGCCCCGCCCACAACAAGCCCCCCCACACCACGGCGCCGGUGCCCACCGGCGCCAAGAAGGCCCUCAACAAGGUCAAAGUGCUCAUCACCAACGAGAAGCCCACGGCGGAGGCCGUGACGCUGAACGACUGCCUGCAGCUGUCCUACCUGCCCUCCAAGAGGAGCCACAUGCUGCUGCUCUACCCCCGAGAGAUCCUCAUCCUGGACCUGGAGCUCAGCCAGACGGUGGGCGUGGUGGCCAUCGAGCGCUCCGGGGUGCCCUUCCUCCAGGUGAUCCCCUGUGCUCAGCGUGACGCUCUAUACUGUCUCCAUGAGAACGGGUGCAUCACCCUCCGAGUGUGCCGCUCCACCAUCACCCCGGAGGAGACGACAGACCCCGAGCAGAGUGUGUACGAGCUCAUGUACGACCUGCGUUCUCAGUGCGACGCCAUCCGGGUCACCAAGACCGUGCGCCCGUACCGCAUGGUCAUCUGCCCGGUGAACGAGAACAGCGCCGCCCUCAUGGUCAGCGACGGAAGAACCAUGUUGUGGGAGCUGAAGGCCCACAAGGGCAGGGCUGCUGCCACGCCCAGCUCCGGUCUGCUGCCGCUCUACACCCCUGUGUCCUUCUGUGGAGCUCCACUGGGACCCAACCAGAAGAGGAUUCAGGACCUCUCCCUCAACAGUAUGAUCGGUCAGACCCUGAUAGCCGGGGAGGCUCCUUCUCCGGCCUCCAGCCAGCAGGAGGUGCAGCUGAAGUUCCAGCUGACCGGGCUGCUGUCGGGCCUGCCGCUGCCGCCGUUCGCCCUGCGCAUGUGUCCCCCCCUCACCACCAAGAACAUCCAGCACUACCAGCCGCUGCUGGCCAUCGGCACCAGUAACGGGUCGGUGCUGGUCUACAACCUGACCAGUGGUCUGCUCCACAAAGAGCUCAGUGUGCACUCCUGUGAAGUCAGGGGCAUUGAGUGGGUGAGUCUGACCAGUUUCUUAUCUUUUGCCACGUCUGCUCCCAACAACUUGGGCCUGGUGCGAAAUGAACUGCAGCACGUUGACCUGCCUACUGGAAGAUGUUUCUCCUUCAGAGGCGAGCGAGGAAACGAUGAGCCGCCCAUCGAGAUGAUUAAAGUGUCUCAUCUCAAGCAGUACCUGGUGGUGGUCUUCAGAGAUAAACCUCUAGAGCUGUGGGACACCAGGACCGGGACACUUCUCCGGGAGAUGGCCAAGAACUUCCCCACGGUCACGGCAUUGGAGUGGUCCCCGUCCCACAACCUGAAGAGCCUGAAGAAGAAGCAGAUGUUGGCGAGGGAGGCCGUGGCCCGGCAGACGGUGUCGGACGCGGAUCAGAGCAGCGUGGAGUCCUCGGUCAUCAGUCUGAUGCAGGAUGCAGAGAGCAAGUCCGAGUCCAGCCAGGCCAUCUCAGCCAGGGAGCAUUUUGUGUUCACCGACACGGACGGACAGGUGUACCACAUCACCGUGGAGGGCAACACGGUCAAAGAUGGCGCCCGAAUCCCCCCUGACGGCAGCAUGGGGAGCAUCGCCUGCAUCGCCUGGAAGGGGGACACCCUGGUGCUGGGGGACGUGGACGGGAACCUCAACUUCUGGGACCUCAAGGCUCGCUUGUCCAGGGGGAUCCCAACGCACCGCGGCUGGGUGAAGAAGAUCCGCUUCGCCCCCGGUAAGGGGAACCAGAAGCUGCUGGUGAUGUACACGGACGGAGCCGAGGUCUGGGACACCAAGGAGGUCCAGAUGGUGAGCAGCAUGCGGAUCGGCCGCAACGUCAACUACCGCAUCCUGGACAUCGACUGGUGCACGUCGGACAAGGUGGUGCUGGCCUCCGACGACGGCUGCAUCCGAGUGCUGGAGAUGGCCAUGAAGUCCGCCAGCUACCGCAUGGACGAACAAGACCUGACGGAUCCAGUGUGGUGUCCUUACCUGCUGGUUCCCCGAGCCGCCCUGACCCUCAAGGCCUUCCUUCUGCUGCAGCCCUGGUCAGGAACCUUCACCAUGGACAUCACUCAGGUAGACUACCAGGAGAAGGGAGAGAUCAAAGGGCUGAUCCAGGAGCAGCUCAACUCCCUGUCCAAUGACAUGAAGAGCGCUCUGCAGGACCCGGAGCUCAGCCUGCUGCAGCGCUGCCUGCUGGUCUCACGGUUGUUUGGAGACGAGUCUGAUCUGAACUUCUGGACCGUGGCGUCUCACUACCUGCAGUCGUUUGCCAAGGCUCGCCUGCCGAGCGGGUCCUCUGAGGAGGCCCCGGCUGAAGGAGCCCGGCCCCCGGCCCACAGCCACCUGGACAUCUGCCACGACGUCCUGUGUGAGAGCUCCUACUUCCAGAAGUUCCAGCUGGACCGGGUUCACCUGCAGGAGGUCAAGCGCUCCAGUUAUGAACACACAAAGAAAUGUGCCGACCAGCUCCUCCUGCUGGGCCAGACGGACCGGGCGGUGCAGCUGCUGCUGGAGACGAGUGCCGACAACUCGAGCUACUACUGUGACUCGCUGAAGGCGUGCCUGGUGACCACCAUCACGUCCUCCGGCCCCUCGCAGUCCACCAUCAAGCUGGUGGCCACCAACAUGAUCGCCAACGGCAAGCUGGCAGAGGGAGUACAGCUGCUGUGUCUGAUUGACAAGGCGGAGGACGCGUGCCGCUACCUGCAGACGUACGGGGAGUGGAACCGCGCCACCUGGCUGGCCAAGGUGCGCCUGAGCCCAGCAGAGAGCUCUGACGUGCUGAAGCGCUGGGCGGAGCACCUUUGCUCCUCGCAGGUCAACCAGAAGUCUAAAGCCAUCCUGGUGCUGCUGUCGCUGGGCUGCUUCUCCAGGGUGGGAGAGAUGCUCAACAACAUGAGGCACUUUGACCGCGCCGCCCUCUUCAUGGAGGCCUGCCUGCAGCUCGGCGUGAUGGAGGCCAACGACUCGUCCAAUAAACUCAUCCACACGUCCUUCGUGGAGUACGCCCGGCUGCUGCGCUCCCUGGGCCUGAGGGAGGGCGCCGCUCUGUGGGCGUCACGGGCCGGCAGCGCCGGAGAGGAGCUGAUGGAGGAGCUGUUCAAAGGGGAGGGGGGCGGAGCUACAGAACCUGCUCCUGAAGAGGAGGAGGAGCAGCCGGGCCAGGAGAGCGCCGAGUGACCCCGAGGACUUCGUCUUUACGUCGAGGGUCGGCCGUCACACAGGAACGUCU